UUACGGCGUGAGCCACAACGGGCGGGCGCUUAUCGCUGACGACAUGGGCCUCGGUAAGACGAUCCAGGCCUUGGGAGUGGCCGCUUACUAUAGGCAGGAGUGGCCCCUGCUGGUGGUCACGCCGUCCUCCGUCAGGUAUUCGUGGGCCAAGGCGAUCGAGCGGUGGGUCGGGUCCGUGAGCCACGGGGACAUCGUGGUGGUGGGCAGCGGGAAGGACCCCGUCAGCUGCUCCGACGUGGUCAUCAUGAGCUACGACCUGCUGGCGCGGCGGGCCAAGGAGGUCCAAGCCUGUAAUUUCCAGGUCGUCAUAAUGGAUGAGUCCCACAUGCUAAAGAGCUUUAAGACAGCUCGGUACAGGGCAGCAGCACCCAUAAUGAAGAAGGCGAAGCGUGUCCUCCUGCUCAGUGGCACCCCUGCUCUGUCCCGUCCUAGUGAGCUCUACACCCAGAUCUCUGGCAUCGAUCCCAGUCUCUUCCCGAGUUUUCAGGAGUUUGGCGUUCGAUACUGUGCAGGAAAGCAGCUGCCUUGGGGAUGGGACUUCUCUGGCUCCAGCAACUUGGAGGAGUUACAGAUAUUGCUUGAAGCAAGAAUCAUGAUCAGAAGAUUAAAGAGUCAAGUACUUGAUCAGCUUCCUGCAAAACAAAGAAUGACUGUGAUCUUAGACCCAACAAGCAUACAUGUCAGUACAAAAGCCAUGGAGGAUGCAGCCAAGCAGUUUGGAGCAGUGAAAGGUGUCCAGAAGCAUGGUGCUCUUCUUCAGUUCUUUGCUGAAUCAUCUCGUGCCAAGUGGAAGGCAGUGACUGAAUAUAUUAAGGAGCUGUUUGAAGCAGACAAGAAAUUCUUGGUGUUUGCUCAUCACCAAAUAAUGAUGGACAAAUUAAGUGAGACUUGUGAAAAUGCUAAGGUUGAGUACAUUCGCAUUGAUGGAAAGACACCAGGUGAAGUAAGGCAGAAUUAUGUAAAUAAAUUCCAGACAAAAGACAGUGUCAAAGUGGCUGUGCUCUCCAUUACAGCUGCAAACACUGGCCUUACACUUACAGCAGCUCAGCUUGUUGUAUUUGCAGAACUCUUUUGGAAUCCUGGGAUCCUAGUUCAGGCAGAGGACAGAGCUCACAGGAUUGGCCAGGAGGACUGUGUGAUGGUGCAGUACCUUGUGGCGCAGGGCACAGCUGAUGACUACAUCUGGCCGCUGGUGCAGUCCAAAUUAGAGGUGCUGGGCAAAGCAGGGCUCAGCAAGGAUAACUUUUCUAAUGCUGGAUCGACUCAUCAAAAAGACUCAGAACAGGAGAGUAUCUUGAAAUACUUCAGUCAAGUUGGUGAUGACGGUUUCAGCGAUGAUGACCUCACUGAUGAGCCAACGUCAAAACGGAUGAAGACGUGAUGAUUUGUUUCGUCUUUCUUCAUAGAUACAUAUUUUUUACUUGCUUGUUCAUUUGAGAAACAUGCCAUUUCUGUAGAUCACAUCAUAUACUCUUGCUUCAAACACUGAAUUUCCUUCAAGUUACCUAAUACUGAAGAUAUCCAGAAAACACUCCAAAAUCGUAUGAAGCAGUUUUAGCGAGUGUUAAGAUGGAUGAAUGUUAUUGAGAAAAUAGUAUAAUCAUAUGUUGAAUAUCAUAACCAGUUUGUUGAAAAAAAUGCACAAGGAGGAUAUAUCAAUCUGAUCUAUAUUGCAUUUGAAGGAUGGCACCACUCUUGGUUUUGCCAGUGCUGUCUGAGUGAAUGAUUUAUAUUUUGUGAAAUAUAGCAUGGAAGGAUUUCUUAACACAUCAUUAAUAAAGUAUAUUAUAUUGUU